AUGCCACCCGAGCUCAUCAUCAAAUUCAUGGAAGAGAUGUCUCCUUCUGACCUCGAGAACUUCAUUCGCGCGCAUAAGAGGCUGUGGAAGAUCUUCGAGGAGGGGGCAGACCGCGAUUCCUUGAUGGCGAGGGUGUUGAAGAACCAACCAGAGUUCGAGACGAUCCUCUACAUUUACACUGCUCAGCACAACGAGAAUCAUCCCGACCGCAUGCUACACCCGCGAACGAUCAAUCUGGCUUUGGGGAGAGGCCGCAAGCUUACCUUGAUGCACGGGGUCAGUGCUAAUCGCCGCCGUAACCGCAAUAAGACGCGAACCCAGCACCCACUCGACAUCACCGUGGGCAUCUACGACCUUGCAAGGCUGUGGAAGAUGACGACCAUCGUCGAUUGGUGGGUGGCUAUCUAUCCGAUGCUACGGUGGAGGGAGGCUCCCGAGGAGCGUCGUUGCUUGCGGCCCAACGAGGAAGCUCGUCUGCGAAAGGCCGUUGCGCGUUGGUGGCUCUACGCUUUUCAUCACCACACGCGCUUUCGUCGGAACUCGCGGGCCCCCGAGAUGUGGUCAUUCGAUACGAGAUUGUACCACUUACGCAUAAUGUCCACCACCGAGAUCCGCGAGUUGGAGGAUGUCUGGGAGCUCUUGUUUGAUGCGGUGAGCAGAGACCUCUGCUCGUCUGUUGAGCUGCAUGGGCUCGUCCCUGAUCUCGUACCUUGGGGCCACGGCGAAGGGCGCCAUAAUAAGAUUGUGGAAACCUAUCUCAAGCUGGACCCCUGCCAGCUUCGGCAGAUUUUAACGGCAUUCUCGGGCGGCUUCCAGAAGGAAGCCAUCGUUAUGCAUGCGUCGGCGAGCAUCGGGCAUUUCCCCGCUGACCGCGAGACGCUGUCAACGUCGAUCCACAAGGUCCUCCGGGAGCGGGUGCUAGCUCGCGGCAUACAUGACGUCGGUCAGCUCCCGCGCAUGGGCAUUGUCGACGAGGACAGAGACGACGAGCAGUCGUUGGCCCGGUGGAUUGACGACGCGUGGCCGGACGGAUUCGCCCCUUUGUCGGCGGAGAAGCUCUCCACGUUUCCCCUCGAGCCUUUGGCCAUGGUCCCUCGAGGCGACGACGGCAGCGACGAGAACUUGCCGUGGUAG